CCGCGGCCCGUAUCCAAGAUGGCGGCCGCGGGGGGCGUGGCCAGCGAUGGAGUCUCCGAGUGCGCGGGCUGUGGCGGCUGCGAUGGAGCCCAGUUGGGAGGGCGAGGAAGAGGAGGAGGAGGAAGAGGAGAUAGAGGAGGAGCAGUUUGUUCUGGUGGAAUUGUCAGGGAUUAUUGAUUCAGACUUUCUCUCCAAAUGUGAAAACAAGUGCAAGAUUUUGGGAAUUGACACCGAGCGGCCCAUCCUGCAAAUAGACAGCUAUGUGUUUGCUGGAGAAUAUGAAGAUACUCUUGGGACCUGUGUUAUAUUUGAAGAAGGUGUUGAACGUAUGGAUCCGGAAGGGACCGACAGAACCGUGCUGAAGUACAAGUGCCACACAACGAAGAAACUCAGCAUGACGAGGACUCUUCUGACAGAGAAGAAGGAAGGAGAAGAAAACAUAGUAGAUGGCGUAGAGUGGCUGCAGAUGAAGGAUAAUGAUUUCUCCUACAGACCCAACAUGAUCUGCAGCUUUCUCCAGGAAAAUGAAGAUGAGGCUGGAGUGCCGGCCGCUGAUAAGCCUGUGGAGGUGGAAGACCAAGAGACUCAGCUGCAAGGCGGCGCCGAGCAGACACAGGCAGAGCAGGAGGAGGUGCAGCGUUUGGAAGCAGGGGACCCUGGGCCUCCUGUAGAUGCCCCUGCUGAGAUGGAAAGUUCUGUUUUCAUGGGAAUUCAAGAUGGAAAUGUUUCUCAAAACAGCCAGUCAUGAACUUUAAAAAACUACCGUGUAAUUUUUUUUACCAGCGUGCAGUUGGCUCGCCAUUUUCUUGUUACUGUUGGCUGUACACAUAUUUCCAGUUUCGUAUUUAGCAUACUAGAAUUUUUUUUACUAGAAUCACGCAGGAACAGGCAGAAAUUCAAUUUU